UGUGUCUGCAAUCUGGGUUACAGAAGAAAGAGCAGAGAAGACAAAACCUGCAUUUUAGCUGAGGAAUGCCCUCCUGUAAAUUGCACAAGACCCAACGAGAUCUGGAGCUCCUGCCCAUCAAGUUGUCUUGCCGAGUCCUGUAGUGAUGUUAAUAACCAGCCGACUACUUGCAACGAUUUAGUACACAACUGCCAACCGAGAUGCAUAUGCGCAAAGGGAUACUUCAGAAACGAUAAUCAAGUUUGUGUACUCGCAAAAGAAUGUUCCACACCGGUUACGGAGCCACCAAUUAAAGAGCCAGUCUGCGGUUAUAAUGAAAUCCCUGCCACAUGUCCACAAAGAUGUCCUCCUCAAGACUGCGAAGCCUUAUAUUUGAAGUACUUAUGUGCGGCGAAAAACGAAAGUGAAUCAUGUGUACCUGGGUGCGACUGUAAAGAAAACUAUCUAAGAAACGCUAGUAAAAUCUGCGUACCCAUUAAAGAGUGUCCCCCGGCUCCUUGGAUAAUUGUAGAACCGAAUCCUCCAACCAAUGAAUCAGGUCAAUGUGGAGUGAACAAGACAAUCGUUCCGUGUACAUUUAAGUGUCCUAAUAACUUCUGCCCAGAAAACGAUGAUCUCGUCAAAUAUGCCUGCAAACCUCCUCGCGGCUGUCCUUCAGGGUGUGGUUGCAAAGAUGGCUAUCGUUAUAAGAGCUGUCAAGAUGAUACUUGCGUCUUGACCCGGGAUUGUCCUCCAGUAACCUGCACUAGACCAAACGAAGAGUGGAACUCCUGUCCACCUCUUUGUUUCUCAGACACUUGCGAAGAUCGCAACAAAACACAAUCUCAAUGUUACGAAUCCGAAGGAUAUUGCGAUCCAAGAUGCGUUUGCGAAAAGGGUUACUACAGAAAUGCGAAUCAGACGUGCGUACCUGCUUGCGAGUGUGGUUAGGGCAUUUUGUUCUUGUCGCCUUUGUAAAUACUAAUACGAUUUAUUCAGUCAUGGUUGUGACUAGUUAACUAUGGUAAAUAAAAUGUUGAAUAAAGUUACGAGCCUUUUUUAUUGAG